AUGACCACAGAACAUAGUCUCCUUGGACCUCAGGAGCUUUUGGAUAUAACUCGAGAAAUCUUGGUUGUCAAUUCAAGCAGUGAAGAAGGUUCCGAGAGUUUUCAAAAUAUUGUCAAAAUGGCGAGUCCAGACGGUGUAGAUAAACAAGCGGAAUCGCCGACAGCUAGAUUUACAGCGGUGAAUGGGAGGAAUCAGACCGAAAUCUCGCCUUCGAACAAUGUGAAUGGAAAUAGUAACGGUAUGAAUGUGAAUGGAGUUGCAAGGAGGGGUUCCGAUGAGCGAUCAAAUGGACAACCUCGGAUUUCACCUCCAGGUCACGAGAAAUUGACCAUCACAACCACCCAGGAUCAAGAAUGGCCUUCUUCAACGAAUGGAGAACGUACUCAUUUACCUGAUCGUCAAAUGAACGCCAGCCAAAGUUUAAAUCAUUAUUCCGACGAGAAUUCCCACAAACGUAAAAGAUCAGGUUCAAUUGAUCGAAGUUCUUCAUCAGCAAACUCAUACCACAAUCAUGCCCUACCAAACUCGACGAAAGCAACACCAACCACGGCGACUACCGAAUCUGAUGGAAUGAGAGAUGAUGCAAGCGGUCGAGCAAAAUCUCAACCUCAAGUUGAUUCGAGAGAAACCUAUAGUUCCGAUUCACAGUACAGACAUUUCAUGUCAGCAAAUGAUUCGGCUCGAGACGCGACUCCUAAUGAUAUGUGGCAUUCGCGACACUAUCCUCAGCAUAAUCAAGCUAGUUCCGAUGAGCAUCUUGGAGAGGUAUUACAAAGAGCAUCUCAAAGUUUGGAUGCGCAGCAACAUGAGUACGACCGUCGUACUCUUUCUGGUGAUGAUAGAUAUGCUGAUCCUCAUUCUGCAUACAGUCAAGAGAGGCGGGAAUCAUCUGCACAGUCAGAUCUCAAGAAACGGAAGAGAAAUUUCAGUAAUCGGACUAAGACAGGUUGUAUGACAUGCAGAAGACGAAAGAAGAAAUGCGAUGAGACUAGGCCAGAAUGUAACAAUUGUCUCCGUGGUGGAUUCGUCUGUUCUGGAUAUCAACAACGAGGCCCAUGGCCAAAGUCCGAAACCAAACAAACCCCAGUGCCAUUACAAUCUAAGACGGAGUACGACAGCCCUUCUUCAUAUACACAACCAUCCCCGUAUGGGAAUCAACCUGGAAUACCAGCUCGAAGGGAACCAUUACCUGGAUAUCGUGGCCAGAACUUACGCGUAGAUCCUCAUAGCAGAUCUAUGGCAGAUGGGGAUGAUCAAGCAAGUGUAACGACCUUACCAAGUGCUUCAAUCAUAAGUCCGGAGAAUAAUCGCAUGUCUGCAUCAGGCUAUGGACCUCAACAAACCCCGACUCCUGUGAGCGCAAACAGUGCUCACCCUGAUCGUCAUAAGACUGAUUAUCUACGCGCUGGACCUUACCAUGAUCUUUCCAGACAUGAGCCAAGAUCAGAGCCGGAUAUUGGAACACCAAAUUCUGCUCGUGAACCUACUUCUGCUCUCCCUCAUCCUCUAAAUCACCAGAUCCACCCCCAUAGUCCUCAUAGUAGCGCUCAAGUUGCAGCUCAGUUAGCACUUUCCCAUCCCGCCAUCCGGCAACAAACUCAAAAAGAAGAAAUGUUAGCUGGCCGACAUUACUUCCCAUUCGACAAAGAACUAGUCCUCGAGCGUGAACGCUGUAAUGGAGCUUGCUGGCGUUUCAAUAGUAGCACCAAUCCUAAUAAUGGUGUAUCGCAUGAAGAGCGAGCUCGCCAGUUCCGCGAUAUUCUCCAACCACGCGAACAUGUCAUUUCUCCCACUCAAGCUUCCCCCAUCACUCCCGUCGGCAAAGUUGGCGAUAACGUGGUCGUCGAGGCUCCCUUCACAUGCGAUUAUGGAUAUAAUAUCAGUAUAGGACAAGAUGUAGCCAUAGGAAAGAACUGUACGAUUCUCGACACAUGCGAAGUCAAAAUAGGCGAUCGUUGCAAUAUAGGACCUAAUGUCAACAUUUAUACAGCGACAUUAUAUAUUGAUCCGAAGAGAAGACUAGGAUCCCGAGGACCUACUUUGGGCAAGAAAAUUAUUAUUCAGGAGGAUUGUUGGAUUGGUGGCGGUGUUACUAUCUUACCCGGAAGAAUCAUUGGGAAAGGUAGUACGGUUGGUGCGGGAUCUAUUGUUACGAGAGAUGUUCCGCCGUAUACGGUGGUGUGUGGAAAUCCGGCAAGAGUUAUAAGAGGUCUUUAUCCUCCUCAUGAUUGA